AUGGAAGAAGAAGAAGAAGAAGAAGCAGAGAAGGAAGACGAAGAAAUUAAAGAAGUAGAGGAUGAAGAAAUGUCAGUUGUGCUGAUGAUUAAAUUGAGGUCGCUUGAUGACCCACAUGGAAGUCCAUUCGAAGUUGACAAUGGCGUGGAUGACGAUUUGGCUGGAUGUCUGCCGCAGUUGACGUGGGUCCCGCUGUUUUGUCCCGAACGAAUGAGCGGCAUUAUUUUCGACACGUGGUGCCGCGGUGCAACCGUUGGAACUCUGACAGGUGCUAGCUUAGCAGUGCUUCCACGCUCCGCUCCAUUUAUCUUCUAUGAGCUGCGUGUUAACGACCGUACACACAGCACACAGCCGCACGCCGUGCACUUGGCGCCCUCGCGUCUGUGGUUGGCAUGCGCGUGGAAUGAGCGGCAUCCACCCCGAACCCAUAGAUCGCCAGUUGUUCUUCCUACCAUCAUCAAUCUGACGGCGUGGGACCCCAUCGUCUUCACAGUUCACACUUGCGUCCAACGAAACCACGACAGACCUCCACUUCACUUUAAACCCCACCUUGUGCUGCUCACGGUUGCGUCGUCGGGUUCUGUGCAAAGAUGUCUAGCGUAUGACAGGACAGCCUCAGGGGUGACUGAAGAGGGCUUGAUUCGAGUCCAUUGGUCAGACGUGUGCAAGAACACCUGCCAGAUAAAAAAGGGCUGCUCUAACUUCGGUUCUAACUGUCUGUGCGCUGACCCCGACGUGCUUGCUUUAUCCGUAAACGGAGAGGUGCACAUGCCUUCGUCCGAUGACUGCUCACGUAACAAGCAGACGGGUGGUGUGCAGUUUCCUAGCUGUCAACUUGGUGGCAAGGAUGACUUGUUAUCCUUCAAGGGCUCAGGAAAUCUACGCUAA